AACAUAUCUACAUCCUGUGUGACUUUGAAUACAGUUCCUAUCAGUAAGCCUUACCUCCUGAUGAGUGAUGUAUCUCCAGUGGAGGGAUCUACAAUGUGGAUGCACUGCAAUCUGGAAAACGGGACCCGGCCGAUCCAGUACGUGUGGCAGCAUGAGACCAGCAGCAGCAACUUCUCAACCUUUGCACGGGGCAACAACAAGGUUAUCAACGUGACCAACGUCAACCGCAACCACACCGGCUGGUACCGCUGUGUGGCCAGCAACCCCAUCAACAGCGAAAGCUCUAACCGGGUAAAGCUGGACACCAUCUUUGGCCCGGACAUCCCUAAGAUAGACGUGACUCCGUACAGUAUAACGGAGCGGGGAUAUUCAGCCCUGGAGAGAGAGACUGUUUCUUUACUGUGUCAAGCCCAGUCUUACCCGGACAGUCAGUACGUCUGGUUCUACAACAACUCCCAGAUCUACACCGGGCCGCACUUAACAAUCUCCAAGAUCCUUCGCAUGCACACUGGCGACUACGCCUGCUUGGCGCAGAACACCUACCUCAACACCCGCUCCAGAAAAACCAUCAGCCUGACUGUCUACUACCCACCCGAUGGCUCCCCCUCCUGUUCUGUGGAGCCGGCUCUGAAUCACACCUCUCUGAGACUGCUCUGCUCCUGGCUCGGUGGGUUUCCCUCCCCCUCCCUCCAUUGGACCGGACACCUGAAACGAGCGGGACAAGCCGAGGCCGACACAGGGCAGCAAACAGAUCCACUGACCAACACUGCCAUCUUGCUGCCAUCUGAAGGCCUGACUUCCAACAACAGCUUGUUCACUUGCUCUGGCUCCCACCUGGCACUCAAACAGUCGACAGAGUGCAGCACACGCACAUAUAUUCCCCCUGCAGAGCCGGUGUGUUUUGCCUAUGUGACUAACACUAAGCAGUAUCUGAUGCUGUCCUGCUCCUGGGAUGGAGGGGCCCCGAAAGCCUUGGUGUGGUGGGAGGGCCCGGGUGGUCAGAGCAAAGGCGGGGAAGAAAACUCCAACAUCCUGAUCCUUCGCUACGGCACCGCCCACAGUGGAAAACCCUACACCUGCCAUGUUAAACAUCCUCUUCUGGUCCAAACCAAAACCUGCAGGGUCACACUGGAUGCUCCUGUGUUGCAGACACGGCACAGAUUUGUGUCUGUAUACGAGGGAAGCGAUGUUAAGCUCACCUGCAACCUGAGAGCCAACUACCUUCCCGUCAGUGAAAUCACCUGGUUUAACAAUCAGGGUGUGGGCGUCCAAGAUACCUCAAAGUACGCACUGUUGCGAACAUCGGCAUGGGCCAAUCUGACUGUGAGAGACACUGAUGAGACUCAAGACAGCGGCGAGUACAGGUGCACCACUUCCAACGCAGUGGGAGGAACCGAAAUCAAUGUCACUUUAGUGGUUAAGAGGCACCCUGUGCCACCCAACGCGACCCUGGUCAAGGUGGUUUACAACAGCCGACUGCGUAACGAGGUAGAGCUGGAGUGGCAGGUAGAGAACGAAGAGGGAGGAGGUUGGACGGGUUUCAUCUUGCAGCACCGAUGGGUGUCAGAGCGACCAGGAAGGAGAGGCAGCAGCCACAAUGAUUCAAAAGAGGACACGAAUAAGGAGGAGAGGAUCGGUCCACCAGUCUGGUACCGUAACAUCAUCCAGGACCCAGAAGCCAGGAGUCACACAGUAGGGAGACUGACACCCACCGCCACCUACCAGUUCCGCAUCACACCGGUCAACCACCGCACCGUCGGACACCCUUCUGCAGCAAAGACUCCAGCGGAACCACGCUACAAUGUGUACCCUGCUGUGAUCGGAGCAGCUAUAGGCGGGAUGUUAAUUGCAGCCUUCCUCACAGCGCUGCUGCUCGUGUUCAUAGUCCGCAACCGCAACAACAAUCCUCGACUACACGACAUGCUGUUUGGUUUGCAGCACAGCCAGUCAAGGGAAAACAUCAACUUCCCAGACGAUGAGGUGGUAGGCAGGUCGGAGGGAGGAAUAGAGGAGAUCGGUGGAUCAUCCAGUCCAGGUCCAACCAUGGCUUUACCCCGAGCAUCCUCACCCCUAGCCGCCAGCCAAGCCUCUCCCCCUGAAGAAGAGCCUGUCAGCGUCACCAUCACCGUCAAGGCUACAGGCUCAUAGUCAUACAUCUAUAUCACAGACUCCUUUGGUGGUAAUUUUACCUGGAAUUAGUAGUAUUGUAGACACUUUGUGCACAAU